AGCUACGCUAGUUAGCUAACAAAGUUGUUCAUUAAACUUUCUUUGGUAUUAAAAGUGCACGAGGACAACUGAAAAUGGAGAGAGACUCAGUGUUCCACAAUGACCGUCUGGGAGCACCACGUAACCCACUACUGGACCAGCUCCCCAGCUACCAGUCUCUGCUGUACCGCAGAAAGCCCUCCGGCUCGGGUAGUACCAAGCGCCGUGACAGCUCACGGACCAGGCUGGGCUCCUCCAGCAGUGGGAAAUGGGGACAGACCACAUUGGCCAGGCAGCAUGAGGAGAAACACAGGACUCAGACCCUACAGAGACCAGUCAGGGAACUGCCCAAACCUAUGGAGGAGAAACGCAGAGACAAGGACCAGCGUUUGGAGCAGGCCAAGGAUCUGAGCAGUUGGAGCCAGUGGAGACAGGGCACCAGACGGACCCUGAGGAGGCUAACGGAGGAUGGGUUUGAGAUGCUCAGCAACCUGGAGCUCUGGAGGGGAGACAUCCAUGUCAUUGAGGGGAUGUUUGGCACAGGGAUCCUGUCCUACUUCUCCUUCCUGCGUUUCCUGGUGCUGCUCAACUUCAUCAUGUUCCUGCUCAUGUUCGAAGCCGUCAUGCUGCCCAGCAACCAUGCCUCAGGGAACACCACCUUCAACCACGUAGAUGGCUUCGAGUGCAGUAACUACCCCAGCACCUCUCGCCGUGGCCUGGUGGUUUUCCACCAGCACAUCACAGACCUCCUCUCAGGGGCGGGCUUUCUGGAGCAGACCUACCUCUUCUAUGGUUACUACAAGGUAGAGACCAUUCACUUCCCUAAGUUCACCUACAACCUGCCUCUGGCCUACCUGCUGGUCACCAUAGCCUACCUCUUCCUCAGUCUCAUAUGGAUAGUCAAAAGGUCUGCGACUGGCUUCAAGCGUAAACUGGUGCAGGACGAGGAUCGCUUCCAGAGCUUCUGCAACAAGAUCUUUGCCGGCUGGGACUUCUGUAUCGUCAACGACAGCGCAGCCAGGCUCAAGAGGAGCAGUCUUCUUUAUGAACUGAAGACUGAUCUGGAAGAGGAGCGCAUCAAGCAGAAGAUAGCAGACAGGACACGGAAGGAGAAGUGUAGGAUCUACGUGAUCCGACUGAUCCUGAAUCUGUUUGUGAUCGCGGUACUGGCUGCCUGUUUCUACUCCAUCUACAUAGCCACCAACUUCUCCCAGAAAGCACAGAUGACUAAGGUGAACUUCAUCCUGGACCUGAUCUAUGAGUAUCUGCCUUCCAUCGUCAUCACCCUGGCCAACUUCAUCACCCCCCUCAUCUUCUCCCUCAUCAUCCAAUUUGAAGACUACUCCCCCGCCUUUGAGAUCCGCUUCACUCUCAUGAGGUGUGUGUUCAUGCGCCUGACCAGUAUCUGUGUGCUUCUCGUCUCCCUCUGGGGUCAGAUCACCUCUUGCCAGGAAGGCAACUGUGUCUGUGGGUACAACCACAUCCUCUACCCGUGUUGGGAGUCUCGCGUGGGCCAGGAGAUGUACAAACUCAUGAUCUUUGAUUUCAUCAUCAUCUGUGCCGUCACUGUCUUUGUGGAGUUCCCUAGGAAACUCAUAGUGGACUACUGUGACUGUGGCCUGGCCAAGUGGUGGGGCCAGCAGGAGUUUGCCAUCCCCCAGAACGUCCUGGGGAUUGUGUAUGGCCAGACCAUCUGCUGGAUUGGGACGUUCUACUGCCCCCUGCUGCCCGCCAUCUGCACCAUCAAGUACUUCAUCAUCUUCUACAUCAAAAAGGUAACAUACCAUAGAAAUAUUAGACCGUAUCAAUGUACUGGUAUAGGUGGGCCGAUGGCCAUAAUUGUUGUUCUAUGUAAUACAGUACAGUAAAGGCAUCAGGAAGGUACAGAAACUAAAACAGGAAGCAGCCGUGCUCAGGUCUGUUCAACGCUGGUCCGACCAAUCGGAUUCCACCCUUCAAGAUUGCUUCGAUCACGUGGACUGGGAUUUGUUCCGCAUAGCGUCGAACAACAACAUUGAUGAAUACGCUGAUUCAGUGAGCGAGUUUAUUAGCAAGUGCAUCGGUGAUGUUGUACCCAGAGCGUCUAUUAAAACAUUCCCCAACCAGAAACUGUGUAUUGAUGGCAGCAUUUGCACAAAAAUGAAAGCUCGAACCACUGCUUUUAAUCAGGGCAAGGUGACCGGAAACAUGACCGAAUACAAACAGUGUAACUAUUCCUUCCGCAAGGCAAUCAAACAAGCUAAGCGUCAGUAUAGAGGCGAAGUAGAGUCGCAAUUCAACGGCUCAGACAUGAGAGGUAUGUGGCAGGGUCUACAGUCAAUCACGGACUACAAAUGAAAAACCAGCCCCGUCGCUGACCACGAUGUCUUGCUCCCAGACAAACUAAACAACUUCUUUGCCCGCUUUGAGGACAAUACAGUGCCACUGACACAGCCCGCUACUAAAACCUGCAGGCUCUCCUUCACUGCAGCCAACGUGAGUAAAACAUUUAAACAGGUUAACCCUCGCAAGGCUGCAGGCCCAGACGGCAUCCCCAGCCACGUCCUCAGAGCAUGCGCAGACCAGCUGGCUGGUGUGUUUACGGACAUAUUCAAUCAAUCCUUAUCCCAGUCUGCUGUUCCCGCAUGCUUCAAGAGGGCCACCAUUGUUCCUGUUCCCAAGAAAGCUAAGGUAACUGAGCUAAAUGACUACCGCCCCGUAGCACUCACUUCCGUCAUCAUGAAGUACUUUGAGAGACUAUUCACGGACCAUAUCACCUCCACCCUACCUGACACCCUAGACCCACUCCAAUUUGCUUACCGCCCCAAUAGGUCCACAGACGACGCAAUCACACUGCACACUGCCCUAACCCAUCUGGACAAGAGGAAUACCUAUGUGAGAAUGCUGUUCAUCGACUACAGCUCAGCAUUUAACACCAUAGUACCCUCCAAACUCGUCAUCAAGCUCGAGACCCUGGGUCUCGACUCCGCCCUGUGCAACUGGGUCCUGGAGCGCCUCUUCAACCUCAGGAGGCUGAAGAAAUUCGUCUUGUCACCAAAAACCCUCUCAAACUUUUACAGAUGAACCAUCGAGAGCAUCCUGUCGGACUGUAUCACCGCCUGGUACAGCAACUGCGCCGCCCACAACCGUAAGGCUCUCCAGAUGGUAGUGAGGUCUGCACAACACAUCACCAGGGGCAAACUACCUGCCCUCCAGGAUACCUGUGACGCCACCCAAUGUCACAGGAAGGCCGAAAAUAUCAAAGGACAACAACCACCCGAGCCACUGCCUGUUCACCCCGCUAUCAUCCAGAAGGCAAGGUCAGUACAGGUGCA